AUGAGAAGCAUCGGAUUAGUAAUUUGGAUUGCGUCAAGCGCAGCUUUUGUCAGCGCCAGCGUUGAAGUCGCGACCGAUGGGUAUGGUCGGCGCUUGAUAGAGGUUGAGAGUAUGCGCAAAGCACGUCAUGAGCACUCUCCUCUGGAUAAGACAGCUGACAAGGCGUAUUCUCAGAAGAAGUUCUCAGCACUGACACAGUCUCUAUGUCGUGCUGAAGCAGACGGUUUCUUCGGUGCCACCUUUGGCGAGCCACUGGUAUUUCAGUACGGAUUCGAAAUGGAAACGUCUAAAUACGCACAACUAAAUGUCAUAUUUGAUGCUGUGUCAGAGCAUGUGAUGGAUUCCGUCCUUUCCAGCGCAUUUCCAGAGACAUGCAGAACUGAAGGCAGGAAUUUGUCCCCAUUUGCUGGCAGAAAUGGCAGGGUCACAGGUUUUUAUUUCGACCAACAAGUUCUUCCCAUCAGCAGUGGUAAGCAAGAAGGGGAAUGCCUGUGGUUUGUGCAGCCUUCGCCGACACCUUCCCUCAAAUGUCCUCCUCGAUCCUGCUUUGUUUCAUUCGACGAUAGAGCUACGGAUUCAAUGAUAAAGCAGGUGUCCGGUCCCACUGCAGUCGAUACAAGCACUCAAGAUGAAAUGGGAUUUUCGGAACUGGCGCCAUCGGCCAAAACAGGGGUAGUCAUAUCAACAGCUGCCUUGAUGGCAGGACUACUAUUUCUCUUUCUGUUAGCGCGUGCGGACCAGCGGCAAUGCCAGAGAGAAGUGCCCAGUAAGGGAGCAGUCAAUCGCCCCUACAUCUUGUCUCACUUAUACAGCAGUUCCCGUUGGUUUUCGAGAAGCAGUACUCAAAGCGACAGGACCGAAUGUAUGCUGUCGAAUGAUGAGAAUACAUAUUUGGAGGCUGUCGCCAACGCCGGGCUUGGGUCGACUUGCAAUGGGAAUUCCUAUCGAGAUUUAUUGACACCUCCCGUGGAAUAUAUCGAGGCUCCCCGCCUUGUCUGCACACCAGGGCAGUACACUGAUGAU